UAUAUGUGUAUCUGUUUUCAAUUAGAGCUAUUUGAAUCGCAACGCGUUACAUUUAAGCGAGUGGAAAAGCACGUUGACAACGUGGUGGACUCGGGUGAGACAAGCUAACCAACUUUAGCUCCAGGAGCCCUCUGAUCUUGUCAUAGGAUGCCAUGCCACAAUCAGCAGCUGAACAAUGUCAGCAGUGGUGGCCAGGAGCAUCACAUGAAGCAAGUUCGGUUCGCAAACAGCAGCAGCAAUACGCCUGCAGUGCUGAACAACUCUGAACCGAGUGGAACACAGCCAGCUAUUGUUGGCCAAGAAGAACAAGAAGAAAAUCUGGGACCUCAGCUGAAACUUCUUCCUCUGAACGACCAGAUCCGGGAAUUACAGACAAUAAUCAGAGACAAGACAACCAGCAGAGGGGAUUUUGUUUUCUGUGCAGACCGACUGAUUCGACUUGUUGUAGAAGAAGGCUUGAAUCAACUUCCAUACUCUGAGUGUACUGUAACAACACCCACAGGUUACAAGUAUGAUGGUGUCAAGUUUGAAAGAGGAAACUGUGGAGUCAGCAUCAUGAGGAGCGGUGAGGCCAUGGAGCAGGGUCUGAGGGACUGCUGCCGCUCCAUCCGCAUCGGCAAGAUCCUCAUCCAGAGCGACGAGGAGACGCAGAAAGCAAAAGUCUACUACGCCAAGUUUCCUCCAGACGUGUACAGACGAAAGGUGCUGCUCAUGUACCCCAUCCUCAGUACGGGCAACACUGUGAUUGAGGCGGUGAGGGUGCUGAUAGAGCACGGAGUCCAGCCCAAGCAUAUAAUCCUCCUCAGCCUUUUCUCCACACCUCAUGGAGCCAAAUCUAUAAUCCAGGAGUUCCCAGAUAUCACCAUCCUGACCACCGAGGUUCACCCAGUGGCUCCAACACAUUUCGGUCAGAGGUAUUUCGGCACAGAUUGAACUGAAGACAAUCUGAAGAACAAGAUCAAGUAUUUUUAUGGGAUAUUUUGCCUAGAAACCCAUUCUCCUUCAAAAGCCAAAUUAACGAAGUUAAUUAAUAAAAUUUCCAAACUCAUGCAAAUUGAGUCAUCUAAUUA